CAACGCCUCCGCCUCCGUCAUUGUGGCUUGCGGGUUUUGGUGAUGCUCUGAGCGGGUACAGAAGAUGAGACAAAUCGAUGUUUUUGUGACGAGCCAACGUCAGGAAGGGUGACGGAAGAAGAGGAAGAAAAUAACCCCACCAAACCCCCCUCCUCACACGCAUCCCCGUGACGUCAUCAACAAGUGACUUUAUUUACUUCUGGUCCAGUUAGCCGCCGCUGCUGCUGCAAUGGAAGUAAACAGGGACGAAGCGGAGCGCUGCAUUGACAUUGCGACUGCGGCGUUAAGUAGCAACCAGCCGGAGAAGGCGCAGAGGUUCCUGGAGAAGGCGCAAAGGCUCUUCCCGACAGAGAAAGCCAAGGUAUUGCUGGACCUAAUAGCAAAGAAUGGAUUCACACCCAGACAAGGUGGCGACUCAGACUUCAGUGGGGUCUCAGGACCUCGACAACGACAGAACACUAGUGAAGAUACCAGACCUGAAGAAAAACCUUCAGACACCUCAAAAUCCUACACGGCAGAUCAGCUAGAUGCUGUCAGAAGGAUAAAACAAUGUAAAGACUUCUAUGAAAUCCUCGGGGUCCAGAAAGACGCCUCUGAGGAUGAACUCAAAAGAUCCUAUAGAAAACUUGCUUUGAAAUUCCAUCCAGACAAGAAUCACGCUCCUGGUGCUACAGAGGCAUUUAAAGCCAUUGGUAAUGCAUAUGCUGUUCUGAGUAAUGACAACAAAAGAAGACAGUAUGAUCAGUAUGGAGAUGAAAGAAGGCAUCCUUCAAGACACAGCCCAGACAACGGAAACUUUGAGCCAGAUAUUUCCCCUGAAGACCUCUUUAAUAUGUUCUUCGGAGGAGGUUACCCAUCAAGUAAUGCUCAUGUAUACACUAAUGGACGGAUGCGAUACCAAAGGCGAGAGAGAAGAGAGAGACAGCGGGAUGGAGGUCUUGCUCUCUUCGUGCAGGUCAUGCCCAUCCUCAUUCUGGUUAUUGUGUCAGCUCUCAGUCAGAUAAUGGUCCACAGUCCCUCCUACAGCCUCAGCUUCAGGCCGUCAGCAGGUUACUCGCAGAAGAGGCUGACUGAGAACCUGAAGGUGCCAUAUUAUGUGGGGGAGCAGUUCUCCAAAGAGUUUACUGGUGUGAAUUUGAAAAAGCUGGAGCAGACGGUGGAGGAUGAUUAUAUUUCCAACCUUCGCAACAAUUGUUGGAAGGAGAAGCAACAAAAGGAAGGAAUGCUGUACAGAGCUCGCUAUUUUGGAGACACUGAUCUGUACCAAAGAGCACAGAGGGCUCGAACACCAAGCUGCGCCAAGCUGUCAGAGAUCACGGCUUCAUUACAUGGAUGAGGAUGCUUUCAUGAUUAAAAGUUUCCAGAACCACCACUAAAGAUUACAGGCUGUAAAUAGAUAAGCUUUAACAAUCUGGAGGCUGAAGAUGACUCAUCAAGCAACACAAGCAAACCAGCAGCACUCCUCACUAAACUGACAACACAAACCAGUUCAAGCCAUUUCUGUGGAAUUUUAGUACGUGGAAUUCAAAUAUAAUGAUAUUUUAUUGUUUUGAAUGGAAAAGCCACUAAGUAUAUUUUGUCCUUCCCGACAAGAUGUGAGUUUAAACAACCUCCAAGCCCCAGUUUUAACUGGGAGCCAUGAAGCUGGCAAAAGUCACUUUACUUUGGGUUUUUUUUGUGCAAAUGCUGUAUGAAACCAGAGCAUAGUUAACUUAUAUAUAGUCAUACAGAUAUCAUUCAUGUAGCAGUUUAACAGAUACCAUUGAAUGCUUCCUCCUUAUUUUUAUGCAGUUGGAUCAGCAGAAAAAAAACAUUUGAGGGGGGAUCUGCUGAUUUGACUUGAAAUGCACAUGCUCAAACUAUGCAGGAAUAUUGUGAAACCUCUGAUGAUUAUUCACUCCCGUCUAGGGUUUGUCAGGCACUUGAAGCACCUGAGAUCUGUCUUUUUUUCUGCUGUGUGUGCUCUAACAGUUAGGAAACUUUCCUGUCACUUUGCCUCCUUUAGUUGUAUUAAAGACAGAAUUCUCUAGUAUAACUUCACCUCACACUAAAUGCCAAGAGAACGAGACAUGUGCCUACCCACAAAGUGGGACGUUAAAAGGUUCUAGUUUUGGAAUCUCUGAUGAAUCUCAUCUGUUGGAAAAACAAAACGCAAUUUCUGUCAGACUUUCUAAGUUUAUAGUAUGCUAUUUAUUCUUUGUAUUAUUUAUUUAAGGAGUAGCUCUUGCUCACUUUUUCCACCAUGUUUUUACUCCCGGAUGAAAAUAAAUAUGGAUGCCUAAACGUG